AUGAACUUGGCGGUGAAUUCGCAGCUCGGACGAGAAUUGGCCGUGGUGACUGGAAGGGAAGCAGCUGAUUUUGCAAUACGGCGUCGUCGAGCUUUUAAAAGAGUUGAUAAAGAGCUUUCGAGGGGCUAUUUCAAAGCGGCUCUCAAUCUUGUGAAGCAGCUACAGGGCAAGCCCGGCGGUCUUCGUGGCUUUGGCGCUGCCAAACAGGUUCCUCGAAGGUUGUUGUCUAUGGAUGAAUUAGAGCUAAAUGCCAUGGAAUUAUCAUCUAGCAGAUCGUUGUUUGAUUUGGUUAUGGAUUCAAUUGAAAGUUGUAGUCGGUUCGAUUCGUUAGAUGAGGAACCAAGUGAUAGAGUUGAAGGCUUAGUGGAAGAUGAAGGCUAUGGAUGUCUUUGUGAAGGAGAUUAUUCCAUGUGCAUGCAAGUAAGACAUGAAGCUGGUCAUUUUCCUGUUGGCUACUCUGGGGUUCUUCCCAGAAGUUAUGAGAUACCAAGCAUAGAAGCCCUGAGGCAAGAUGAAUAUGCUGCAGGAAGGGUAAAAUUCUUGGGUUUUGAAUUUCAUAAAGAAGUAAGUGCACUGUUGAUGCUAAGAAAAGAUAUCGAGGGGAAAUUUCAUCAAGGGGAAAUUUCAUCCAAGACUUUGAACAACUUUUCAUGUGUAAUUUUGGGAGGCUUACUGGCAGCACAUUUAGUAUGCGGAUACUCAGAUGGCCAUCAUUCUGAUAUUGACAAGCUGGAAAGAGUGUUCAGAUGGUUGGGGUACAGAAAAAGUGAAUCUCUCUCUCAAGUGAAAUGGGCUGCACUGAAUACUGUUAUAAUUUCACAACGUUACAGUGAAGCUAGAUCAAGACUAGCCAAGGCCAUGGCAGCUGGAAGAUCAGUCAGCUUAUGUAUAGAAACAAUAGAAAAUGCCAUUCAUGGAAAAGAAAUCUAGCUAAUGUAUGGACACACAUUAUAAUUUCUUCUACUGAGUAGCAUAUUCUGCCUGAGACAAGGCAGAAACAGCUUGCAAAGGUACUUCAAUGGUGAGAGUUCUUAGCCACAGUCAUGCCUUUUUUUGGGUCCAGUUGCUUGAAUCUGUCAUUGUAUUUAAGACCUCUUGGAAGCAUAUUAGUUGGACUGGUUAAUGCUAGCUUAUAAGGGAAAAUCCUUCUCACAA